AUGCGUUUUCUGACCUGGUUAGGUUCCUUUUUCUUCUAUAUGUGUCAUGAUGCAGGUGAUUCAAGGAGGAGGGUAAAAAGGUUGGAAAGUUCUGUUCUUGCUGCUGAUUCGAAGUGCAUUGAGAAUGCUAUAAGAUGUGGAGGGUUAGCCCCAACAAAGGCUUCUUGUAUAAAGAAUAUGUUGAGUUGCCUGUUUGAGAUGAGAGGGGAGUUAUGCUUGGAGUACCUGCGGGACUUGUCAGUUGAUGAAAUAAAGAUGGAACUCUCUCAAUUCAAGGGGAUCGGGCCUAAACGUUGGCCAAGAAGUUUUAUAAUUUUAAAUGAAUUGCAGGUGGCAUGUGUAUUGAUGUUUAAUCUUCAGCAAGAUGAUUUCCCAGUAGAUACACAUAUUUUUCAGAUUGCAAAGGCAAUUGGUUGGGUGCCCAUAGAGGCAGACACUAAACAUGUUAUAUCGUCCAACUCGCUAUUGCUUCCUUAG